AUGACUGAAAAACAACCCUCCAGAGCGAAACCAUCAUCGUCUGUAGAUGAGGCUGAAUCUCCUGCUCACAACGAUCCGAACGAAGAGUCUCGCCCAGCUCGCGAUUGGUCCCACGGGAAGAAACUACGCACGACCUUCCUCGUUGGUUGCCUCCGGUUCGUCUCGUCUCUUGCGGCAUCGUCACCUUCAUUUGCGCUACCAAUCAUAGCGAGCGAGUUUGGGACAGUGGGAAACCGUCAGCUGACAGCACUACCUCUGUCGGCAUUCUUACUCGGAUAUAUUUUCGGCCCACUUCUGAUUGCGCCACUGUCAUCGACAUUUGGGCGAGUUCGCGUAUUGCAGUGUAGUUGCCUCGUUUUCGUCAUCUUCAACACGGCUGCUGGGGUUGCAAAUACCAACUGGAGCUUGAGCGUGUUCAGAUUCCUCAGUGGUUUUGGAGGCAGUGGGCCUGUUACGCUUGGUAUCGGCAUCUUGACCGAUUGCUGGACAGCAGACGAACGGACGAGGAUGAUUCCCGUAUACACAUUGCCGGUCCAGCUAGGUCCAGCUGUAGCACCCAUCGUUGGAGCCUUCAUCACCAAGCACUUGACAUGGCGGUGGUCAUUUUUCUGCAUUUCGAUUGCAAGUACCAUCGUGCAGGUUGUCGGAGUCAUAUUUCUCCGAGAGACACAUGUUCCGCUGAUGAGUAGCGAUACCAGCGGUGCAGAGAAGAAAAUCCUUCUCGCAGCCGUGAACGAAGCUUUUCAAAGACCGAUGCGAAUCUUUACUUUGCACGCAACAACGCAAUUGCUGGCACUGUACGCGGCUGUGACGUAUGCAAUUGUGUACAUGUCUUUUGUCUCUUUUGAGGAUGUUUGGGGACAUGGAUAUGGUCAGCGGUCUGACCUGGCCAGCCUGAAUUUCAUAGCGAUUGCUGUGGGCGAGAUCGGUGGUUCGCUCGGAGUUCGGCCGUUCAAUGUAUGGUUGUAUCGCAAGUUGACGAUGCAAUCGGAUCGUGUAGAUCUUGCUCGACCAGAGUACAGGACGCCUGCUCUCGUGUUUGGUGCACUCUUAUUACCGGCCGGAUUAUUAUUGUUUGGAUGGUCUGCUCAGUCGCGAUUAUUCCCAGUCGUACCUGAUCUUGGUGUGGCUCUGUACGCAGCGGGAGAGGUCAUUGUAUUGCAAUUCACGAGCUUGUACAUUGCUGAUGUAUACGAGCAGCGAGCUACAGACGCCAUGGCGGGUGUCUACAUCCUGCGAUGUCUGGUAGGAUUUGGGCUCUCGAUAGUCACACCGAGCAUGUUUCACCGUCUUGGCUACGGCUUUGGGAAUACAUUGCUCGCAGGAAUUGCGGUAGUGAUUGGAUGGCCGUUGCCAUGGAUGAUAUGGGCAUAUGGAGCAAAACUUAGACAACGAGACCAAAUCCACACCUGA